GCAUGUUUAAAUUGCUUUGUUUCAUUAAAUAUCCAUUUUUUGUAAUAUUUCUUUGUAUUUAAUCGUUUAAAAAUAGUUAAAAGUGAAAAUUCUGUAAAAUUAAUAGUCAUUAAAGCUUUGUUGUGAAAAAAAAGAUGGAUGACCUUGGAAUCGGAAUUGAUAUCGGAGCCUCAAAAAUCGUGGUUGCUGUUUGUCGCGAACACAAAGCCGAAGUCAUUUUGAACAGCGAGGGAAGCAGAUCGACCAAAUUCUGCGUUGCUUUUAACAACAAGGAGCGAUUGUUUAGUGAUGCAGCUGAGGGACAAUUUUCUGUCAAUCCGGAAAAUACGAUUUAUGGAAGAGAUGUCAAGAAAAUCAUUGGAUUACAAAAAAUUGCCUUGGUAAUCGAUGAAACUUCGGUAAAAGUAAUCGAAGAAGAAAAUAUCUUGAAGUUUUCGGUUCAAUACAAAAAUGAUAAUUGCAAUUUUUCACCGGAAGCUGUUCUUUUGAUGGCAUUAAACAACGUUAAAAGUGACAUUGAAACAGUUUUACGACAGAAAAUCACAAAAGCAGUCAUCACAGUUCCUUCCACGUUCAAUAGUGCUCAAAGAUUUGCCGUGAAAAAUGCUGUCCUCGCAGCUGGUAUCGAGGUUGAAAGUAUUUUGAACGACUCCACAGCUUCUGCGAUCACUUACAUGAUCGAACGGCACGCAAGUGACGACAAAAAUAUCUUGAUUUUUGACAUGGGAGCAACUUCGACGGAUGUUGCUGUAGUGAAAUUGUCCGGAAAUUCAGUAGAAGUCAAAGCUUGUGACGGAAAUUUGGAUCUCGGCGGUGAAAAUUUCGUCAUUUUGUUGUUGGAACAUUUCAUUCGAGAGUUUGAAUGUGAAAAAUGUGUCCGUAUCAGUGAUAACAAACAACUUAUUGCUCGUCUUACCGUUGCCUGUGAAAAAAUCAUGAAAAUGUUGACGUCGAAGGAAGAAGUAAAAUACAUCAUUGACAAUUUUUAUUACGGAGAACCUUAUGAAAUGAAGAUAAAUCGUCAAAGUUUCGUAAAUCUUUGCAGUGAUUUGUACAAAAAUAUCGGAGAAAUUGUCAAUGGUGUUGUAGCAAAAACGAAAAUUGAUGAGAUAAUUUUUGUUGGAAAUGGCUGUCAAAUUCCAUCUGUAAAAAUUGAAAUUUCCAAGUUAUUUGUCGGCGAUGUACGAAUCAUGACCAAUGAAGAUGAAUUUGUAGCAAAAGGUGCUGCAUACUACGCUGCUCGCAAUUUUACUAAAGCAUCUGAGAAACUUCAAAAUUUACAAGUCAAGCAAAUUUCAAUGAACGAGUUCACAAGUUACAUUGGAAAAGUUCAAAGCUCGACCAAAAUUGAAAAAGGAAAAAUUUUACCAACUGAAAUUGAGGCAAUUUUGACUUUCUAUGAAGGACCCCAUCACUUAAAGCCUCUUGAAUCUUCUAAUGCCAUUUUGAAAACGGCUAUCAACUCGGAUUCUCUUGUAAAAAUCACUUGUUCAACCGGAGAAAACUCUCUUUCUUUGGUAGAUCACCAAAAUUUUGAUGAAAAAUUAGUCAAUCAAAUGAGAGAAAAUGAAGAAAUUCUCGAGAAAAAAGAACAGGAAUACAAGAAAAAAGUAAAUUUGACAUUUGAACUUGAAAAAAUUUGUCUUGAAUACAAACGGCGUAUCAAAAAAGCGGAUGGAACGGAUAUAAAAUUGUCUGAAGCCGAUAAGAAAGAAAUGCUCUACGAAAUUUACGACACCUUGGAUUGGAUAAAUGAAUGCAAAUCUCCCACAAUUGAUCAAUUAACCGAUAAAAUUGAGACACUCAAGAAAUUAUGCGAUGAAAAAAUUAAUUUAAUUUUAAUUGACGAGAAAAAAACUCUACUGAAAAAUUUGACUAUUGCAUACCGCCAAAAAUUCGAGACAAACUCUUUGCUGGAUGAAAGUGACAUCACCAAAAUCCAAAGUUCUUCUCAAGAAAUUUUAGAUUGGCUGGAAAAAGGCUUAGAUAUUAAAAUUGAUGAGUUGAACGAAAAAAUAAAUAUUUUCAAGGCAGAUCGAGAACAUUUCGAUGAAAAGUUAAAAUUUUUGGAAAACUUGGAGCAAGGAAAUGUUCUUUUAAAGCAGAAAAAUUUUAAAGAAGCAAGUUCGGUUUUCUGUCACAUUUUGAACAACUUUUCAAUGAAGACCAAACUGUCGAUUUAAAGUUGAAACGUGCUACAGUAUUGAUGGAAUUGAAAAAUUUUGAGGAUUGUCUUAAAAUUCUUAAUAAUUUGUUAUAUAGUAUUGCAGAUGAAAACCGCUACCUUGAAAUAUACCGACAACGUGGAAAAUGUCAAUUUGAGCUGAAGAACUAUAAAGAAUGCAUAAGUGAUCUUGAAAUUGUGUUGAACUACGAAAGUGAUCCUGAGUUACAAAAAAUGUUGGAUGAUGCAAUUUUUCAACAAAAUAUUCAAGUAGUCGAAAACAAGUUAAAGGAAGCUGAAAAUCUGACACGAAUUCAACAAUAUGAUCAAUCAAAUUCUAAAUUGAACGAUUUGUAUUUAUCCAAAGAAUUUGAUUUCUUAGCGAAAAAUGGAAACAGUUUGCAUGCAAAAGUUUACAUGAUGCGAGCCCAUAAUAAUUUUAUGAUGAAAUAUUACAGUCGUGUUCUGGAAGAUUGCAAAAUAGCUGAAAAAGAUCCGGAAAAUCAUACAAAAAUUUUAGAAUUUCAAGCAAUAUGUUUCAUGGAACUUGAAAAACUUGAUAAAGCGGAAGAGCAACUUGCAUCGCUUGAAUCAAUUACACACAAUAAGGGACGCUUAAAUGACUUAAAACGCAGAUUGACAGGCAAAAAAUACCAGAAUAUCAAAAAGAAAUAUGAAGAGGCUUUCAAUGAUAAGCAAUACAAGUCAGCAUUGAAAGUGUUGGAAAAUAUAGAGUUCGAUAAUUUAGAGAAAGUUUUUAAAACCGACUUCUUUUGCAAUAAAGCUGCGGCAUUUUUGCAAAUCAAUCAAUUUUCAGAUGGGUUGGAAUGUUGCCAAAAAGCAUUAAAUGUUGAUAAGAAACAUAAACGAGCUUUGGAACUUCGGGCAGAAUGUUAUUUUCACAUGGGCGAUAACAAGAAAGCUCUUGAAGAUUGUGAUGCAGUUUUGAAACUUCCAGGUAAUUAUUAUAACAGUCGUAUUCGUGAAAUUAAACGAGAAGCAGAGAGAGCAAUGGGAAAAAAGCUUGAUCUUUUUACAGCAAUAAGUAAAACGUUUCAGACUGAAAAAGGAAAUUGAAUGAUUUACGGAAUCUUUUUUGGAAGGAAAAGGACUUCAACAACAGCACUAAGAGGA